AGCACCCUUGUGGCGGGUUUCACGUUAGAAGUCUACUAGACGGCAUUUGGCUAAAGAAAAGAAGGUAGUUUAUUUCUGCUAACAGAAACCGAAGGCGGAAUCUUUACGUACGUUUCGAAGUUUGUUAUUAAAGUUUCCCUGAACGGGAGCAAGUGGAACUGAGGCAGUAAACUCGUCAUGAGAGGUGGCAUCGCGACACAGCCAUUCGCUUACCAUGAAGAGAUCUGUACAGUACGUGGCAGUUUUACUUUCAGCUUUUUGUAUAAGCUCUCACGCCAAGGCACUAGAAGGAGGGAUCGUGAAAGGAACGCCGGAAUGCGGGGAAGGACGAUGUGCUGAGUGCGAGUCCCUCCUCUCUUGCGCCGGAAUUCGCGAUGCUUCUGACGAAGAUGGUAUUCGCUCAGUCAGUGAUCUUGCUUCUUCUGUUACGGAACUGGGAGGCUGUGAAAGCUGGACCCUGCAACCGAGAGACAGCAUCCGAUCUCUGGCAUUCACGUCCGGUAUGGGGGUAAGUAUUGGCCCACUCAAACAUCGCCUCCACCUUUUCAGGAUGCAUUUCUUACAGACUGGCCUGACAGCGUAUCUCCUCGAUUUCAUCGUCACAUCGAGUGGAAUCAGGGUCAGAUUUCAGAGGCUUUUUCAACCAGCAGCCAUCACGCACUGCCUGAGGUUUCAUCGUGAUUCAGUGAUGUUUCUCAGUUUCACCAAAAAUCUCGAUACGUGGAAUCUCGGCGUCAGUUUUGGAAACGACUCGAAUUCGAUCGAUCUGGGAGAUAUUUCUCUGGAUGAAGUUGAAGCUGUUCAGCUGUAUGGCAACAGUAAAGACUGCCUGAGUCUCCGCUUCUGUUAUCCUCGCUGCAGAAACUACGUCCUGCCACCAUCUCCCGAAAUGACAUCCUUCAAGUUCCAACCGGGAAUGACUUUGGGAAUCAGCACCUACGAGAACCGUUGGGAAUCGUAUCCUUUCAGGAUCCACUUCAAACGAUCCGGAAGGACCUCCUUUACCCUGAUAUCAGAGGAACACAAUGGGACAUUCCGCUUGGCCUUCAAUGAAUCCUUCAACCGCGAGUCACUCUUCUUCUACCUCCACAACGACGAGAUCCUGGGCCUCUCCUUUCACGUAGGACCGGAAGGAUCCUUCCUGGACGUCAGGAAGGGAGAGUAUUUCAAGGUUAUCGGGAUGAAGGAGUUUUCUCUGGAGGGCGUUGAGGAACUGACUGUCUCCCAUGGCAAGAAAACUUCUCGUCAGGUUCUGAUCUGCUCUCCGGGUGCCAUCAAACCUGCGCCGUUGGACGGAGCUGAAUCUGAAGAAACCUUCCACUGCCUUGUAUCGGCUCCCAUUUUGUACGCGAUGCUGGUGUUUUGCUCACUCUCGGUCCUCACAUCGGUGGUCUUUAUAGUCCAGGAGCUCCAUCAAAUGCUCAAGAAGAAGAAGCUUCAGGCGGAACAAAUGGAGUACGAGUCCCUUGAUCAACAAGCAUCACAGGUCAUCCACAGAGAGCCUAGGAUAUCAACGGAGGAAGAUCCAGAGACAGGGGGCUCGACCCAAAGACUACUCGGUCCUAGCGCCGGGUCUCUCUCUCCGAACGCCUCAAGGUGCUGCGUGGAAAGGUCCUACACCGUCAGGGCGGGCGAAGAGGACCACGUCUACUUCGAAAUAUGCCCCGGAAGAAAGACCCAUGAUUAGUACGAAGCCUCGGCGAAGAUGACGGUGCUCUCUCUCUCUCUCUCUCUCUCUCUCUCUCUCUCUCUCUUUAUUGUGAACGAUCAAAGUUAUCUACGACUGCAGUGAUAUGACAGUGAAAAGCAAAAUUGUCUAGUGUUGUAUUGUAACGAGAUGUGAAGAUUAGCAUAACUCUCUCUCUCUCUCUCUCUCUCUCUCUCUCUCUCUCUCUCUCUCUCUCUCUCUCUGUGGGGAACGUGAAAGAUUAUGACUGACAACGGAAUAUUGUUGGAAAUUUACACCUUAAUCCUUUUUGGCAUCUCAUAUCUAUACAAUCGGUAACAACACGCGUUGGUGCCAUGGAGAUAUUAUGAUAAGAGGACUGGACUGAACGGGAUUUCGUUGGGAUACGAGAGUGUGAAACUGGGUUGAAUAAGGAGGGAGAACCGUGAACACGUAAAGGAUAAUUGUAUGCUUCUUGCAAUGUUCGAAGGCUUUAUUUCCUUUUACUUGGGACGCUUUGGUAUCCAGUGGCGUAAACUACCGUCAUUGGCGCCAGGGGCGUAAAUUACUGAGAUGUAUACAGCUAUUGCACAAGCCUGUUUUUUAUUUUGUUUUUUUUUAUUCCCCUGGGAUAAAUUCAGAGUAGUAUGGGUAAUUUGGAUGUGGGAAACAUGGGGAUUGUUUUCAAGAAGAUUCUAUGGUUAGUUUUUAAGAUAUGGCCUCCCGCUUUUCCAGAGAAGGUCGGUACUUGGUUAACCUUGUAAUCUGAACCCAAUGUAAAAUAAAGGUGAAAAGGU